AUUUAAAGUAAACCAUUUGUAAGUGAUAGACGAAGUGUACAUUUGUGCUGCGAUAAGUAUAAAUAAGUGUAGUUUAUCAGUUAAUAAGUUUUUCAAACGCGGUAAAUUUUUAACAUGGAAAAUAUAACUGAUUUCCAGUAUCCUCAUACUUUUACACUUCUGGGCGCUUCUGGGGAUCUUGCAAAGAAAAAGAUUUACCCAACCAUUUGGUACUUAUACCGUGACAAUUUGUUACCAAAAAAUACUAGAUUUGUUGGUUAUGCACGCACUAAACAAACGAUAGCAGACGUAAGAGAGAAGAGCAAAAAAUACAUAAAAGUUCGCCCAGGUGAGGAAGAAAAGUUUGCAAAAUUUUGGGAGGCCAAUGAUUAUGUUGCUGGGUCAUAUGACAAAAGAGUUGAUUAUGAAUUGCUUAAUCAGCAACUUUCUAAAUACGAAAAGGGUCCUGUAGCUAACAGAAUAUUUUAUUUAGCUGUUCCACCCACUGUGUUUGAGGAUGUAACAGUGAACAUCAGGAAUGCCUGCAUUUCUAUAAAAGGGUUCACUCGUGUAAUUAUUGAAAAACCUUUUGGUCGAGAUGAUGAAAGCUCUGCUAAAUUGAGCAACCAUCUAGCUGGAUUAUUCAAGGAAGAACAAAUUUACCGCAUAGAUCACUACCUUGGCAAGGAGAUGGUACAGAAUCUCAUGACAAUAAGAUUUGCAAAUCAAAUUUUCAGUCCAUCAUGGAAUAGAGAAAACAUUGCUUCAGUUCUUAUCUCCUUUAAAGAACCUUUUGGUACUGAAGGAAGAGGUGGCUACUUUGACAACUUUGGAAUUGUACGAGAUGUGAUGCAAAAUCAUCUUUUGCAAAUUUUGUCCCUUGUUGCUAUGGAGAAGCCUGUAACAUUGAACCCAAACGAUAUCAGAGAUGAAAAAGUAAAGGUGCUUAGGCACAUUGAUCCCAUAAAGCUUGAUGAUCUAUUGGUAGGACAAUACAUAGGAAAUCCUAAUGGUCAAGGUGAAGAGACGCAGGGCUAUCUUGAUGACCCAACUGUACCAAAAGGUUCUGUCACCCCAACAUAUGCCUUAGCAGCUCUCUGGAUAAACAAUGCUCGAUGGGAAGGUGUCCCUUUUAUUCUUCGAUGUGGCAAAGCCCUUAACGAGAGAAAAGCUGAAGUCAGGUUGCAGUACAAGGAUGUUCCUGGGGAUAUUUUUGAUGGCCAAGCAAAAAGAAAUGAGCUAGUUAUCAGAGUACAACCAGGAGAAGCUUUAUAUUUGAAACUAAUGAGCAAGUCCCCUGGAAUGAAAUUUGAUCUUGUGGAAACAGAGCUAGACCUCACUUACAGCUUAAGAUACAGAGAAGCCGAUGUGCCUGAUGCAUAUGAAAGAUUGAUUUUGGAUGUGUUUACAGGCACACAAAUGCAUUUUGUACGCAAUGAUGAAUUGAAGGAAGCUUGGCGUAUAUUUACUCCAGCUUUGAAACAAUUGGAGAAGCAACAAAUCAAGCCCGUCUCUUAUGUAUAUGGAGCUCGUGGACCACCUGAGGCUGAUAGUAAACUUGCCGAAUACAAUUUUAAAUACUCUGGUUCCUACAAGUGGCAAAAGCCUGCACUUUAAUGACAAUACAGAAAAUUAUUAAGUUCCACUUUGGUGAUGGGUUCUUUACUGCUUAUGAUAUUUAUAUAUAUGUAACAAUUUUUUUUAAAUAAUUGUGCAUAAUAAGUCUUACUGUAAGGUUUAAAACAUUGUUUUUAGGUGCUACAUUCCACUUUUUAUACAUGUUACUUAGGUACAAUGUACUUGUCGAGGUCAUUUUAAAGUCAAACUGCUCGUGAAAUCUAUGUUUAUUUACGUUACAAACUUAUUUGUAGAUGUUAGUGGCAUUACAAAUGCUAUGUAUCACAUACAUGACCUACUUGCUGUAGAUGCUUAAGUCAGGUGCCUUAUUAUAUUUACAGAAUAAGCUGUGAUAAUCACGUGUAAAAUAUUAUCAGUACAGAGGUAGCAAAAAGUUUGUUGGGUUUCAGUGAUUAAUGCAGAGGUCAAGCUGAUCUGACUUCACCUUGAAUAAUCUACAUUCAUUGUGACGUUCAGUUCUAACGUCACUUUAAUAUGUCAUUGCAUUAUACUAACAGCAUUUUAUGAUGUCUAUUUUUUUAUUGUACUUUAUAAAAAUAUUACUUGAAAGAUUAAAUCUUAUUCCUAUAUACAUAUUUAUAAUACUUUGUGAACCACUUUUUAAAAUUAUCACAACUUUUGUGAUAGUAUUAUUAAUCAAAGUAUAAAAAAGUGAUAUCUCAUGCAAGGUUUUCAUAUUGAUAACAUACAUAGGUACUAGUGUAGUAAUGGUUGUUGAAAGUUAUUUGUGGGCACAAAAUUGUACCUUUAAGAUAAGAAAUUGUUUGAACAAUAAGAAUAAGUAUAAUGUAUUAUUCCAUUAAAUCUAUUGUACAUUAAGGAAAUACCUUCAAUAGUGAAACUUAUUAUCUAUAGUGGAAAAUACAUUUUUAAAUGCUCCUACCUUACCAGAACCGCUUUGUUAAUACAGAAAUAAAUGCAUUAUUAAAGAUAAAGAACUGGAUUCCUUAGGUACAAGGACCUAGUAUUUUGAAGUACCUGCCUACAUAAAUGAAAUAUUUACGAGAUUUUAAUACAUUGCCAAUAAAAAUAUGUAUUUAUUUAUUUAAACAUAAUUUUUCCUUGUGUCCAUUAUAUUCAUGCUACCAUAUGUACCUACAGACAGUGUCAAACACAUAAACAUACAGUAAUUAAGUCCUCUAUAAACAUAUAAACUAAGUUUUUUUUAUAACUGAAUUGUUAAGAUUAUAAUAAUUUAUUUGUUAUUUUAAUGUUGCAUUCAUGGAAUUUUCGAAACUUUUACACAUUAUUAAA